AUGUUUCAAAUGCUCCAAACAGUUAGGCAGUUUAGUGGGAUGCCCACGGAAGACCCUCAUCUCCAUCUUCGCUCAUUUUUGGAGGUGAGCGAUUCUUUCAAGUUACAAGGAGUAAGUGAAGAGGCGCUAAGAUUGAAGUUGUUCCCGUUCUCUUUAAGGGACCGAGCUAGAUCAUGGCUCAAUACCCUUCCUCCCGAUUCGGUGACAAAUUGGAAUGACUUGGCUGAAAUUUUUUUAAGAAAGUACUUCCCUCCCACGAGAAAUGCAAAGUUUAGAAGUGAGAUUAUGUCAUUUCAGCAGCUGGAAGAUGAGUCCACUAGUGACGCGCGGGAAAGAUUCAAAGAGCUUUUAAGAAAAUGUCCACACCACGCAUUUGAGAUUUUGGAAAGGAUUACAAGUAAUAACUAUCAAUGGUCAAACACUAGAGCUCCUACAAGUAGAAAGGUGGCGGGAGUUCUUGAAGUAGAUGCAUUAAUGGCUCUAACAGCUCAAAUGGCCUCAAUGACCAACAUCUUGAAGAAUAUGAGUUUGGGAGGAAAUAUUCAGCCAGCCGCUGCCAUUCAAAAUGCAGAAAUUUCAUGUGUUUAUUGUGGAGACGGGCAUACUUUUGAGAAUUGCCCUUCAAAUCCAGCCUUGGUUUGCUAUGUGGGUAAUCAGAACUUCAACCGCAACAACAACCCAUAUUCAAAUUCUUAUAAUCCAGCAUGGAGUGAUACCGAGAAUCCAAGGAGGGAUGGUAAAGAACACUGCAAAGCAAUUAAUCUACGGAGUGGGAAAAAUCUGGAAGUGAAUGAGGAGAAAACAAAGGGCAGCAAGGAGCCCACUUCAAUCCAAACUGAAGGGGAAACGAGUAAAAAACCAACAAGUUCAGCUGCUGAAUUCAGCCAAGUUGAUACAGCAUCGGGUCAGCAUUCUGCUGCAGAAAAGACUUUACACAAGCCACCUCCACCAUUUCCUCAACGUUUUAAGAAACAGCAGCAAGAUGGGCAAUUCAGGAGGUUUCUGGAUGUUUUGAAGCAGCUCCAUAUCAAUAUUCCCUUAGUGGAAGCCUUGGAGCAAAUGCCCAACUACGUGAAGUUCUUGAAAGAUAUUUUGACAAAGAAAAGGAGGCUGGGUGAGUUCGAAACAGUUGCUCUAACAGAAGGUUGCAGUGCUAUGUUGAAGCAAAAUUCCUCCUAA